AUGGCGACAUCCUCCUCCUCCUCUUCCUCUCCCUCACCGGGACUGAAUGCUCGCGCACAAAAGGGAUUCGCCAAGUCUCACGCUUACGACCAACAUCGUCCGUCUUACUCUGCGUCGAGUGUGCAGUUCCUCCUCGAGCAGACGCGAGUUUCCGGCAGGAAGCAUGCAAGAGUUGUGGACUUGGCAGCUGGGACUGGGAAGUUCACGGAAUUGUUGGCGGGUCGCGAUGAAGAGGAGUUUGAGAUUCUGGCUGUGGAGCCUCAUGAGCAGAUGAGAGAAGUUCUUGCGUCCAAGCAGCUCAAGGGUGUGACGGUGAUGGAGGGGAUGGCGCAUGACAUGUCUGGGAUAGAGGAUGAGAGUGUAGAUGCUGUUUUUGUCGCUCAGGUAUGUAAGGUAGCCUUCCACUGGUUCGCCACCAAACCCUCUCUACAAGAAAUCCACCGCAUCCUCCGCCCCCACGGCGUUCUAGGUCUCAUCUGGAACGCAGAAGACUACAACGCGCCCCGCUCCCACCGCGCCUCAUCAUCCUGGGAGACCAUCGCGCAAAAUCUCGUCUGGUCCGUCAGCGAAGAGAGUCACGACACAGUUCCCCGGUAUCGACAUUUAGAAUGGAAGAACAUCUUCGAUGCGCAAGUGAAGAAGACUCCAUUGUCGUUGCUGAUUGCGAGGGGAGAUGAUCAGAUGUUUUCGUUGCCCGUGGGCGAGGUGCAGCAGGAAGAAGGGUUUGCGGUGGCGUUGCGGGCGGAGGAGGUGUGGGAGAGGUUUGCGACGUUGGGGUGUAUUGCUGAGUUGGAGGGGGAGAGACGGGAGAGGGUGAAGAGGGUGUUGAUGGAGGCGAUCAGAGAUGAUGCGGAUGCGGAGAGGGACGGGGAGGGGAAGGUGGUUGUUCAUGGGUAUACGCAUAUGGUGUGGACGAGUAAGAUUCCCCGGGAAGGAAGGGAGGAGUUGAUGGGUGUGCAGCGACCUGAGGUGGAUCGUACUGCGUGA